UGGCUCAGAGAGAGAGACGGAGGCAGGUGGAGGGCGCAAACGGAGAGAGAAAGAGAGAGAAACCAAGUGGGAAGGGAAAAACAAGAUGAAGGGAAGAGAGGAAAGGAGAGCUGCCUCUCGUAAACCACGCUGACAGAAACGCGGAGGGAAGGAGAGAGGCAGUGAGGACGAGGAGGACUGGAGAAGCCAGUGACUCUCGCACGGUUUCAAGUGGAGGGAAGGAGACGGUGGAAGAGGAGGAAGAGGAGUGCGAUGCUUCAGUCCAGCGCUGCCUGAACCAAACCAGGAGAAGGAGAGGAGCAACAGAGAGGAGGAGAAGGAAUCCAUUGGGUGGAAGAAAUGAAGAGGAUGGAGGAGCAGAGAACGAGCAGAGACACAGAUCCCCGGUUACUCAGGCUCACAUGAGUGUAUGGACCUGAGCCUGCCCAGAGUUACUACAAGAUGCUGUCAAAGAACCAGUGUGUGAGGGCGGAGUGAUGGAUGCCUGUUUGCACAAACUACCUUGAAACUCAGUAGAAGUAGAUGAGCGCUGGUGUGUCUGCGUGCUGGAGCAGGUGUGUGUGUCAGUGCGAGAACAUAUGACACAGCAGCUGUUGUAGGAGGUGACAGGGUCCGGUGCACCCAGAGAAGGGACACAAGGAGGGAGGCAGGAAGACAGACACAUGGACGAAGAAUAACACACACAGUCAACGAUGAGUGUGUGUGCAGCGAGCAAGUAGACGAGCUUCAGUCCAACCAUCUCAGGUGCAGUUAAGGGCGUGUGUGUACUUUGGGACAGCACCUAAAGAAAAGAAGCUCACAAUGAGGUGCCACUGAGCUCCUUCGAGGUUGACUCCUCUUUAAACACCGGACAAGCCACCUGACGCCGCUCCCUACCUCAUUGCAACCCAACAAGUGGACUUGAAGACUCAGAAGAAGGGACCAGCUCCGGUGCCCUGCUGACUGGGAAGCCCCCAGCUGAUUUCCUGUGCCCAGUGGAUGCCUCCUGACUCCAACCAUGGGAGAAUGGACCAUCCUAGAGCGCCUACUAGAGGCCGCUGUGCAGCAGCACUCUACUAUGAUCGGAAGGAUCCUGCUGACAGUAGUGGUGAUCUUCCGUAUCCUGAUCGUCGCCAUUGUGGGUGAGACUGUGUACGAGGACGAGCAAACCAUGUUCAUUUGCAACACUCUGCAGCCAGGUUGCAACCAGGCCUGCUAUGACAAGGCCUUCCCCAUUUCCCACAUUCGCUACUGGGUCUUCCAGAUCAUACUGGUGUGCACGCCCAGCCUCUGCUUCAUCACCUACUCCGUCCACCAGUCAGCCAAGCAGAAAGACCGGCGCUACUCUUUUCUCUAUCCCAUAAUGGAGAGGGACUACGGGGGAAGAGACGGGGCGCGGAAGCUCCGCAACAUUAAUGGAAUUCUAGUGCAACAUGGUGGUGAUGGUGGAGGAGGGAAAGAAGAACCAGACUGCCUGGAGGUGAAGGAGAUCCCCAACGCCCCGCGGGGCCUCACCCACGGGAAGAGCUCCAAGGUUCGCCGGCAAGAAGGGAUCUCCCGCUUUUACAUCAUUCAGGUGGUGUUCAGAAACGCAUUGGAGAUUGGCUUUUUGGCGGGCCAAUAUUUCCUUUACGGCUUUAGUGUGCCUGGGAUUUUCGAGUGUGACCGCUACCCAUGUCUGAAGGAGGUGGAGUGCUACGUGUCCCGUCCCACAGAAAAAACGGUUUUCCUGGUGUUCAUGUUUGCGGUGAGCGGCAUCUGCGUGGUGCUCAACCUGGCCGAGCUCAACCAUCUGGGCUGGCGCAAGAUCAAGGCCGCCAUCAGGGGCGUCCAGGCCCGCAGGAAGUCUAUCUGUGAGAUCAGGAAGAAGGACAUGGCGCAUCUGUCCCAGCCGCCCAACCUGGGACGCACGCAGUCCAGCGAAUCAGCCUACGUCUGAUGAUGAAGAGAAGAAAAAAAAGAGGAGGUGUGGGGUGAAUGUGCAAGAGCGAGGAUGAAUUAAUUAUGAUUUUAAUUUAAUGAAGACGGAGUGGAGACGGCCCCUCCUCUGCGAUGAUGUGAAACAGAAUGUAAAAAGACCAAACCUCCGGCUCUACGACUUUGAGAGUCGAGGAGGAGGAGGGGAAGAAGAAAAUGAGAAAAAAAAGCAUAGAGAGACGAUAAAGGAGGACAAAAAGUUCAGUUCUGCAAAUGAACACGUUUUGGUCUCAUGGGGGAGAUAUUCCAACUGCCAUUUUAUACUUUUGUCUUUCUUUUUUAAACUAAUUAACUUCUUCUCUGCCCCUCAAUUCUUCUAAAGUGGGGAAUUAAAUCCUCAAGGGGCUGGAGAGGGAAGGACUAGAGAUGAGACGAUGAGGAGCAGGGAGAGGAGAGCAGAUGAGAGGCUGUUUUGUAUUCUUUGGGGAUAUUGGAAGAUGACGGUGGCGUUUGAUGCAUCCCAUGGUGCUUUACUUCUGGAUUGUGUCAGCCUCAAUGAAAAAGGGAGGACUAGUUUGGGGAUGGGAUCGGGAGGAUGAGCAGCAACAUCAUUAAAAGAGGAGCGGAAGAACUGUCAAAGCCAUAACGGACUCUAGAGAACGAAGGCGAGUUUGUAAAGGGAGGGAGAGUAGGUGGGAAAUAUCACACUCUGGGAAAAGCAUAUGAUACACCCGAGGAGGGAGAGAAGAGAGUUUUUCUUUCACUUCCUCUCCUCGCCGGAGACUCGAGUUUGUCCGAAGCCAAGAGAGAAAGAGCUGCCUCUGAUCAGUGUCAACCUCGCCUCCGUUGGAACAUCGUCACAAGCCAAAACCAAGAGAAAAAGACUGACGAUGUUUAUGUUUUGUCUCUUGGCAAAAGAUGAUUUUAACACAAACACAGCGAGUACCAUAAACACUUUUUUUUUCUUUCCUCCCCCCUAUCUCUCGCUCUCUCUGCUCCGCGGUUGGCAGCUAUAUAGACCCCAGGGGCUUCUGAUGACAGUAAUGACUCUCACUGCUCUCCCUCUGCGUAAACUUUGGAGAGGAACUAAUGAACAAAUGGACAAACAGCGUGUAAACAUCGAGUCUCUCCUAAAGCACAAACCAAACUUCCCUCCUUCCAGCAUUCCAGUGUGCUGAGAGACAAAGGAGAGACAGAAAGAGAGGGGAGGAGAGAAAAGGGAACGGGAACUUGUAGAGUAUAGGGAACAGAUCACUUUAUUACAACUUUAAACAAAUUUUAUAAAAUAUAUCACCAGAGUUAUGUUUUUCUUUUUCUUUUUUUUUUUUUGAGAAAGCGAUGGUGCCAUCCUUGAGAUAUUUAAUUAUUGUUGAAAAGUUAUGUAGAGUAUAUCAUGGUAAUAUUAUUUAUCCAUUUAGAAUAUAUCCAAAUAGAUUUAUUUAUCUUUGCGUGCGGGUUGGUCGGGACAUCAUGUUGCUGUUUUUUGUUUUUUUUUCAAAUGUAUAAACUGUCUGUCUUUUUUUUUUUCAUUUUUUUGUUUAGUUUAAAGCAUUUCUCACUGAAGGAACUGAUUCAUGGCAUGUACGGGGGGUGGGGAGGGACAAGUUUGUGAGCUUCGUUUUUGAAUUGAGGCUGUGCAGCUGACUUUUUUAUUCGUAGAAACCUGCAUUGCAAUUGUUAUUUAAUUGCAGUCAAAGUGUAGAACGAAGCGUCUUCAUGCAUAUUCUACAGAGAGCCUUGGGUUCCUUCGAAAUCAGCUGCACAGCUUCAGACAAUUAAGGCCUGCGAGCCAUUUGAAAAAGGCAUGUUUACAUGAUGCAAUGUUUCUUGAAUGAUCAAGCUGUGUAGCCGAUGAGUAGUAACUCGCUAGGGACAGUUGUGUUUUUUGAAUCUCAGUGGUUUUCAUUUUGCAUUUCUUUUUCCUGACUGGAUUUCAGCAUGCAUGCCUUGUAAGAGAAAAAGAACGACAUGAAAGAAAAAAAAAAUGAUAAAGAUGACAGAGAGUGUUGCACCUUGAUUAAUGCAGACGAGUGGGAGAGUGGCAGACUGAAGGAACUCGAGUUGGCAGCGCGAAGGCUGCUUUGUCGGACACACUCGGUACAUAAUUUAAAACGGGGAGCUCUCACACUGCAAGCUUGUGAAACCAGACAUAGAGACAGUUCAGUGGACCUCAUGUGGCGUCUUUGAAGGAAAAAGUUGUUAUUUAACUGACAUGAGCACACACCCACACACCUGUUCCUCACUGCGGUUCAUCUUUGUUGAUCCUGUUGCAGAGACUAAGAUAUUGGUGUUCUGGUAAUCAGCUAACUAAGGAAAAAUCUAACGCUGGUCUAAACAUACUGUAGCAGAUCAGUAGUCUGAGCUUUAGCCCUUCCACUGCAAACUAAAUGGCCUUAUAGCUCAACACUGCAGCAGCUUAACACUGCCACGUUUGGGGCUUUGACUCCUACAGGGGCCACCCGUGCACUACUGCCACUCACACGGCGUUUGUAUGACUACUGUGGAUAAACACAUUAGCAGACAUGUUAUACCAAACUGCAGCUACAGUAUAUAUUGUGCUACCUUUUCAACCUCUGCCACUAGAUAGUAGCGUUAACUGUUGAAAAUGUGAAGAAAACACCGUUGUAAGAAUCUAUGUGAUUUAAAAUUCUGUUGUAUCCUCUUCCCUGCAACUUGCCUUAUCUGCUUGUGCUUCGAUUAGCGACUUCCUACAUUAUUAACAAUGCCUUUGGAAAGCUCCCUGGUCAAUAUGCUAAGAAUAGAUACAAAAAAAUUAGCUCACCCCAACAAAAAUGCUAAAUAAAUUGCACCUGAUUGCAAAUGUAUUUUUAAUAGUUCAAGUGCAGCAUUGCAGCUGUUCUGGAAAUACCUUGACAGCACCACGAAUACACUGGAGCAACUGUAACAGCUGACGUAGCAGAAGAAAUCCCCCCCAAUUUUCUGUUUCUCCAUUCACUCCCACUGUCAUAAUCUCCAUGAUUCUUACAGGUGAUUAUCCCCAGAUUUAGACUGAGGAUCUCUGUGGGGCUCAAUGGCAUCGGCGCGGUCUACUGUACGCACUAGGAAGGACGAAUACGCUGAAAGGGCACGCCAGAAUGCCUAAUAAUAGAGGUUGAGUCAUGGCUUCCCUCAGUUAGUGAGAGCUUGUGCUUCUAGCGGAGGCUUAAACGCUGACCUUGAGCUUAAAGGCCAAGCCAAUGUCCUGUACUAUAAGCAGUCACUGCGAGCUGCAGCACUGAUCUAAUCUGCACAGAGCACAGGUCAAUGCUGGUGUGAGGUCUAUUUUUAGUGGCUUGAAGAUACACACAUGCUGAACAUACAUUCAUUUUAGGAAAAACAACCACGUCUUGAACGUGAGAAGAACGGUGUGAGUUCCUCCUCUUGGAUUCUGUUGUUAUGUCUGGUUUCAUUCAGGACGGAAACAUACACACACAGCGUGAGGACGUCGAGGGCCAUAAAUGUGUCCUGGUCUUCUUCGGUUUACAUUCAUCCAGCGUUCAUUAGUGACUCACGACUCCUGCAGUUAGACACUCAGUGGGUACACCACUGUCCAAAGUAAAAGCAGGCCCCAGUUCUUCCAACAGUCCACUACUCUCCACAGUCUACUUUUCUAUUUGUCAAUGUGAAAUUAAUUAUGCAACUUUUUUUUUUCUCAUUUGCUUCUCUUUUUGACUUGUGGGUUCAUUUUGUUGUCUGUUGCUCUUUUUGUGCAGUGACAUAUCAAAAAAAACAAAGAUGUUUUUUUUUUCUAUGUAAAGGAACAAAAAGUUUUUCAAUGUGUAAAACCAAGGGUAGAAUGUCGAAAUAUAAGACUAGCAGAAAAAUAUGUUAUAUUUCCUCCCUUGCCAAAGUGAUAUGCAAAAUUUCAUUCAUUUCAAAGAUUUUUUAUCUGCAUGUGUAACAGCUAGACUAAGCAUGUUUCUAUGUUUUCUUCAGCAGAAUCUUUAAAGAAAGACUUUUUUUUAGCUCCAAUCUACGAAGCAAAGCUAUUACAUCUUGAUGCCAAGUGUGUAUAUUAAUUAACCAGUUCUUCAGACGGUACAGAGCCAGGCAGACAACUCAGUGAUGUUAAAACUUCCUGUUAAAGAUUAUCACUCUCAGUUUCAACUCCCAAAAGAUUCUGAAAACCGCUCCAUACAGUAAAUCUUCUACUUUAAGAAAUUUGCACAUGAAUAUAUACCUUUAUAAUCUGCUGUAGAAGAUGAUUAUAAGCCAAUCAGUCUACUGUAAAACACAGGGUACACAAGAAUAUAAGCAUACAGGUUAAAGACUGGCACCAUGAGAUGCCAGACGCCAGAACAUUCCAGGGUUUAGUCCCCAGCACAAUGUGUAAUUAACCUCCAAUUUACAGCCUCUUUAUGUGUUAAAUAUAAUUAAGUCCUCAGUGAAACUCCUCAUGGACACUUUGUUAGAGAACAGUACAGUGACACUCAGGAAAGACAACAAUGCUGAUCUUUUAAAUCUUUUCUAGUAAAAACAAAAAUGCUGUUUCUACAUUAACACACAAGAACGCUCUCAGAGAAAUGGUAUCACGACAUGUCAGCAUACUUUCCAUUGACCAUCCUAACCUUGUACUGUAAAGCCCACCCAAGACAAUUCUCUCAAAGCCUGAUUAUUUUACCUGUUGCUGCUAAUGACUUCGGACUCUUAACCAAAAACAUGAAUUCAGAUACAUUCCCUUGUCUUGAGCACACAUCUGCUGCCCCACAUAUCACAGGUCAUGUAGCAAAGCAGGUCUCCUUAAAACUCAAGCUGUUAACUCUUGACUGUUACUAACCAUGUCCGCAACAGCAGGUAAUGAGAUCAUUUCCAUUAAAACCCUUCACUGACCUUGUUCUGCAGAUGAGUAGCAAACAAUUUGAUUCCUCAGGAAUGCAGCAAGUAAUUGAGCUGCAUCAUUCAUUAACACAAAGCUACCACAUUACUCUACUGCCAAAACGAUGCUAGAUUAACUUAGUAAUUAUGUAGCCAAUCCUAAGGGCUGCUUAGAGGCCCUCGAGCAAGUUUUGGAAGCACCCCUCUUAUACAUUAAGGGCUUCGUACUUAUUACAAACUAAAAAGCCAUAGUUUAAAAAAAAGAAAAAAGAUUUCCAACUUGACUUGGUGCAUUACUUUGAAAGAUACGUGCACUCAUGGGCCAAGAUUAAUCACAUUUAAACGAUUAAGUGAUCGUUUUUGCAUUCAAACUGAAAAUUAGACGUUAAAAUGAAAAGCUUUCUACUAUGUUUAAUCGAAUGAGAAAAAAAUGUAAGUUAUAAAGCUCCUUUUAUCCAGAUGUUCAGCUUCAAUUUUCAUUUUAGAAAUAAAAUGCUCCCUCCUCCCCCUUCCCUCCUGCCCUGUCUGAUACUGGUGCUGCCGCCGCACUGUAGAGGCUAGAUUAUAACCAUUUCAGGGUUCAGAGAAGGACCUCUUAACCUCUCGCUAAUCUGUCAUGAUAUCAAUCGUGAUUACUUCGUCUAAUUACACUGAGUGGCAGAUACAGGCAGGGUGGGAUUUAAACCACCAUCCGGAUUUGACCAAAUACGCCCGUGCAUCUCUCUCAUCUCUCUCUCACCAGCUCUGCAGCCACCUCCUGCCAGCAGGUCGUGGAAGUGAGAUUAUGACCUGAGAUAGCUUCAGUCUGUGUCUCUAAAAUUCAAUAAUUUGCAGACUGUUGAUUCAUAGUUUUAAUUGGAAAAGGGGCAAGACUAUCUCCUCGUGAUCUUAGACCAGGUCACUUAUAUGUCGACUGGGUGAGGAGCCAGAUGUUACAAUGAGAGGGGUGAAUGGUGACGUGUCAGGGGAGCGGGGGAGCAACGUCAAGUUUAGCCAAUAUUUGGCAUCCUAUCUUAUCAUAUUUAAUACACAGUAAGAGAUAAUAUUUAAGGGAUCAGAAAAAGGGAAAAUAGUUAAAUAUCUUAGCCCUAGAAACCUUUCGUUCUUAAGCUUAGCUUCUACUGUGACAUCUGCACGGAUGUAAAAGCAUGGACUGAAAAACAGAAACGAAGAAACAGACACUUCAAACACACUCACGCUUUGUAACCUUCAUCUGAAACUCUGUCGUUUUCCGACUGCAGAUUUUAUGGUGUACCUGACGGACCUUCGCUGAAGGUUCACUGUAUAUUUCUGACUGGUGUACUGUACGUAAAGACUGAAUAAAACCUUGAAUGUUACAUCAA